UAAAUUAUCACUUAUAGAGCUGAGGAGCGACGUGACUCAACGUCCAACAAUAUUGCGAAACCGAACAUGAAUUAAAGGUCAGGUGUAAAAGCCUGUUGUGUUUUUUUUUCUUUAUUCAUUCGUUUUUGAACUUCGGCUGUGUCUGAAUCCAAGGUUGAAUCUAGACCUUGGACUCUUCUAUUUUUGAGUUCAGCUCUCAGACCUAAUCCACAAAGCCACCUUAGGCAAAAUGGGUGAAUGGGGAUUUCUGUCCAAGCUGCUGGAUAAAGUUCAGUCUCAUUCCACUGUCAUCGGGAAGGUAUGGAUGACUGUACUUUUCGUCUUCAGGAUCAUGGUCAUCGGCGCUGGGGCUGAGAAAGUGUGGGGUGAUGAGCAAAGUAAAAUGGUGUGCAACACCAAGCAGCCAGGUUGCACCAACGUGUGCUACGACCAAGCGUUCCCCAUUUCCCACAUCCGCUUCUGGACCUUGCAGAUCAUCUUCGUGUCCACACCGACGCUCAUGUACCUUGGGCACGUUAUGCACAUCCUUCACAAGGAAAAUAAACUCAGGCAGUAUCUCCUAAACCAAGUGAAUGGCGGCAAGCUGCCCAAAUACUCUGACGAGAAGGGCAACGUGCAAAUCAAAGGCGACUUGUUGGCUAGUUACCUGAUCAGCGUGAUCGUUAAAAUCUGUCUCGAGACAGCAUUUAUAGUAGGCCAGUACUAUCUGUACGGCUUUGUGAUGGUCCCGAAAAUCGUCUGCACUCGUUACCCGUGUCCCUACACCGUCGAGUGCUUCAUGUCUCGUCCCACCGAGAAGACCGUCUUCAUCAUCUUUAUGCUGGUGGUCUCCUGUGUGUCUUUACUCCUGAACGUUAUUGAGAUGUUCUAUCUGAUCUGCCGAAGAUCCCAAAGACGUAAUAAACUGAGAUCAAGCUCUUAGUUCCUUAAGAGUAUUUUCUUUUUCUAAAAUGGACAGAGUUGCAAAUCUGGAGACAACAACAUUACAUUAUUUUCAGCAUGGCUUUUUACGAGUUAAUUCUAUGUAUAUAAUACGAGGUAGUUCAAAAAAGAUUCGUGACUAGGUUUGUAACACACCAACAGAGGGCAGCACAAGACUGCUUGCGCAGUCACAAGGAGCACAACUUUCAUUAGUCAUUGCGCCAAAAGACAUCGUCCCAAAGUACUUUCUUGUCAACUUUUUUGAUACAACCUUAUAUUUUUAGAUAAAUCAGGUUUUGGUUUAAGACCUUGUUUACUUCAAUGUGCAUCUUUAAGUUUUUUAUUUUCGAUUUUUUUGUAUUAUUUCACGGGCACAUACAGGCGUUUGUUUCAUAUUAAACUGUUCGUUCAUUGUGUCAUUGUUUCCUCGGAUUUGAAACAAAUUUUUUUUUUUUACCAAAUAUAAAUAUAUUAAACAUUUUAUCGUCUUCUUAAGGGAUUGUUUGAAUAAAAUUAGUUCCAUAUUUAUAUCAUUUAUUCCAUAUUUAUCAUAGGUGGGUAUCUGUUAUCCUCUGUGUAUAUGUAUUCCUUUAACAAAACCUUUAAGAGACUGUUUUAUGAACUAUAGCAUAGAUCUUAUUUCAUUAUUGUGCUGCAGUUUAAACCUGUAACAUGAACAGAACAUUUUGUAACUAAGGAUUUGGAAAAAUCUAAUAUAAAUCUGUAGAAGAUUUAAGAGAUGGAGGGAUUUUUGAUUUCUCGUUAACAUGACAAUAGCUAAUGUGUUUUUCUAUGUAUAUUAAAUAUGACAAUAAAUUAAUAAUGCAUGUGAUGUUUCUUUUAUAAAAGGGAGUAAUAAAAUAAUCCAUGUGCUGUUAUUGAAAA